UUCCAGCACAGAGUCUCAGCUCCUACCUGUAGGCUCUGCCAUUCUGGACCAGAAGAUAUAGUACACUUUAUCUCCCACUGCCCCGCCCUCUCCUCAGCCCGUAUUCUUCCGCCACUGCUGGCCGCCUCGGAAAUUGCAUCGUCAUUGGAAUCGGACCAGACCGGUUUUGCAGAGUAUAUCCUCGGCUGUCGGUGGAUCGACGAUCCACCUCUACAGAGAGAGAUCGUAGAGUUUAUUCACAACUUGCACACUGAACGUCUUCGCCAUCAACUUGCCCUCACUCGAUCAGUCUGUCAUGGUACCCACUCUUCAGCUCCAAUAUUGGUUUGUGGCCUUUCUUCUCCAUGUUUAGUCAUUAUAUGGGAGAGACUUGAGUAAACUAUCGCAGUUAAACCGCCAUGUUUGAAAAAGUGUGAAUACUGCUGGGUCAGGCGAUAGAUCAUGGUAACCUAAUUUUGUUUUCGAAAAUCAUGGAAUGUUACACUUCUGGGAGACAUGAUUUGAAUCGUGGGUGGUUUCUGUUUGCCAAAUGCGAAGAUGAAAUCUCACGUGAUCCACGUAUAAACAUUUAAAGGUUCACUCCGGUCAAGUUAUAAUUAUUAUAGGGUGUUUCGAGAUCAAUCUUUCUUUGCAGGUCUCAUGCCCAAGUGUCCAUGAAUCGUCACAUUGGAAGUUUCACAAUUUUUGAACACAAAACAGUGUCUCUAGUAAAAGUUCUGUUUCCAAUUUUCAGAAUUUGUAAAUUUCAUGAAAUACUCAGCACUUUACUUCGUUGUGCAAUUGAGUGUAUAAAUCGAGCAACUGGAUGACAAAUUUGUGAACCUGGGAACUUUUUACUACAAUACCAACAUACGGUGUCACCCUAUAAUUGCAGGGUUCACAAAUUUGUCACCCCUGUAGUA